UACAGUACUGACCGUGGAGACUCCAACCCUUACUCUGACUUCCAGCAUCCUGUUCAUGGACACAAAAAAGCAGCUAUUUAACAAAGAAGAAAACAUCUACUAAUCUUUGGAUUGUCUCUUCCUCCUCAUCUGAGAAAAUGCCCGAUGCGCUCUGUGUUGUGGGCUCCAUGUUUGGCUCAGGGGAAGGACAGCAUGACUGUGGCCCCUGCUACCUAAUUAAUGUGGGCUCCGUGAUUGGCAUCAUUGCCUCUGACAUUAUCUUGUCCAUAUUCCUCAUCAUUUGUGUGUUCUGCUUCACUAGUCUGCACAGGAGAAGAAGGGAGCGAGAGACUCAUGAUGGAAGAAGAAAUCUACCUUUAUCUGCUUCAAAGAAAAUUACACCAGAACUGACAGAAUCUCCAUACGAGGAAUUACACGGAGUCCAGUCGGAUAUCUACAAUGAGCUUCGACACAUUAGCAAAUGAUAGGAUGAGGAAAACUGUAAAAGCUUCCUGCUUGUGACUGCUUUUGAAAUCUUUAAAAGAAAUGUGUUCAAUAAUCAUUUGUAUUCUUUUAGCUUCUAAUGAUAAACAGUCUGCAGGGAUUUAGUGUUUUUCAUGAAGGUGAUUUAAUCUGUGCUGAAUGAGAAUGCAUUGGAAAA